AUUAUGUCAGCAUUAUAAGAUUUCCUUUUAUUACUGGAAGCUAGUUCAGCUGGCACACAGACGGCUCUAAUUGUUUCUCCAAAAAACCCAAGAAAGAGGGUUGUUUCAUACUGACUUAAUCUGCAAGGUCUUAAGGUUACAAUCAUUGUUGGACUAAGUGGUCCCUCUUAGGGCAUAAAUAGAACGUCCUCCUUUUCUCUUCACCAGAACAGCUCAGCUGCCAGCAAAUGCAGGUGCUCCCAGCCUCACUCUUUGCUGCCACAAAGCAAAUUAAAGUGAAAAACAUGUUUCUGGUCUACAAACAUUGCACUGUGGUCCUAGCCAUGCUAUCGAUGGUGGAGUAUUCCAGCUGCCUUCCCUUGAGUGAAGAUUCUAUUUGUACCGCAGAGGAAAUUGCUAAGUAUAGCAUCGUUUUUACAGGGAAGUGGACCCAGGCUUCUUUCCCUAAGCAAUACCCCCUUUACAGGCCUCCUGCUCAGUGGUCAACGUUGCUAGGAGUCACUCACAGCUCUGACUACCACAUGUGGAAAAAACUGGAGCCUGCCAGUAAUGGAGUGAGGGACUUUGCAGAGAAAGGUGAAGCGUGGCCGCUAAUGAAAGAAAUAGAAACAGCCGGGGAAAAAAUUCAAAGUGUCCAUGGAAUCUUUUCUACAGCUUCAAUCUCUGGUGGCACAGGACAGGCCUCUACUGAGUUUGAGGCACAUUCAAGGCACCCCUUUGUCUCCUUCAUGGUGAGAAUUGUACCAAGUCCCGAUUGGUUUGUGGGCGUUGACACUUUAAACCUUUGUGAAGGAAAGCACUGGAAGCAAACAGCUACAUUAGAACUUCAUCCGUAUGAUGCCGGAACAGAUAGUGGAUUUACAUUUUCAUCACCAAAUUUUGCUACUAUACCACAGGGCAUUGUAACCGAGAUCACAGCUUCAUCACCAAGUCAUCCUGCAAACUCAUUUUAUUAUCCAAGACUAAAGAGCCUGCCACCCAUCGCCAAAGUCGUAUUUACUAAAGUGAAAGGACGGCUUUCGUCAUUUCUCGAUAUUGUUUCUAAUGUCACUACAACAGGGAACGAGAUAGCUGAACAUAUUUUAGAAACUCCACUGGAUUGUGAAGUCUCUGUAUGGUCAUCUUGGGGUCUCUGUAGAGGCAGCUGUGGGACCGCUGGAGUUAAAAGUAGAACAAGAUACAUUCGCCUGAAGCCUGCUAACAAUGGAACUGCAUGCCCAGCCCUCAAUGAAGAUAAAGAAUGUGAUCCAGAGAAUUGUGUAUAGAACAACAAAUGACUGCUAAAUAAUAACUUAUUUUAGAUAUAUGGUACAUUUACUUGUAAAUAACAGUUCAGGACAACAUAUGAUAUGGUUUAACGAACGUAAUGCACCCCAACCAGUGGCUUGCAGGCAACAUGUUGCUCAUCGCCCCUUUGAUGUUGCUCCCAGUGGCCUAAAAGUAGGUACCAUUUUCAAAUCUCUGGCUUGGAGGCAAGUUUUGGAAGCCCAGAGACACUGUUUUAUUCCAAGCAGAGCCUCCAGGCCAGCAGUCACAUUGGGCUACCAAAUAGCCAAUCACAGCCCUUAUUUGGCACCCCUAAAGAACAUUUUUCAUGCUUGUGUGACUCCCCAACACUUUUUACAUCUGAGUGUGGCUCACAAGUAAAAAGGGCUGGGGAUCCCUGAUCUAACUGAUGGUUCGGACAACAUUUCACAGAGAAAAUGAUUUUUUUUCUGGAGGCUGGAGCUCGAUUCCAGGUUUUCUUGUUUCAUAUAAUAUUCCUUUGUGGGACAAUAACAGUUUUAUUUUUUUUACACAUUACACUUAAGAUGAACUUAAGCGAAAAUCAUUCAUUUUACUAUCAUUCUGUAUUUGUAUAUACAUAUUCAUGCUCACAAUAUUGAGCAAAUGUUCAUAAUAAAGAGUUCUAAGUUUUUUCUGGUA